AUGGAUAGUUUAUUAAAAGAAUUUUAUCCCUUAAUUUGCCUAAGAAAUAAAGAACCAAUUGUCAAUAAUAACACCAAUGCACCAAUAAUUAAUGUCCACCGUCAUCCAGUUUCAAUCUUUUUUUUUGAACCAUCUACAGCCGUCCACUUUGGAAAUAAUUCAAGCUAUUCUCAAAUUGUAUUCCGUAACCUCUUUGAUUCCAGUUCUGCUCCAGCCAGCGAUAUUAAUAAUAUUUAUGGUCACCUAUUUCCCAUCUUAUCUCUUAUUACCCAUCUCAUAAACUACAUAAUCACCUUUACAUCACAAUAUGUAAUUAAAUUCCUCCAUCAUCAUUGUUUUCACCUACAUCAGCAUCAUUAUUGUUUGCCCCUCAUCAUAAUAAUCAGCUCAGCAUUCAGCACCACCAGCAUCAGCAUCAGCAUUGUUUACCCUUCAUCAGCUUUCAGCAUUCAUCAUCAGCAUUUAGCAUUCAUCAUCAGCAUUCAUCCUGUCCCUCAUCAUCAUCAGCAUCAUCAUCAGCAUUCAUUUUGGUCCUCAUCAUCAUCAUCACCAGCAUUAUCAUCAUCAGCAUCAUCAGCAUCAUCAUCAUCAUCAGCAUUCAUCUUGGUCCUCACCAUCAUCAGCAUCAGCAUCAUCAAUCAUCAUUAUCAGCAUUCAUCUUGCCCCUCAUCAUCUUCAUCAGCAUCAUCAUCAUUAUCAAUCAUCAUUAUCAGCAUUCAUCUUGGUCUUCAUCAGCAUUAUCAUCAUCAUCAUCAUCAGCAUUCAUCUUGGUCCCCGUUAUCAUCGUCAACAUUCAUCUUGGUCCUCAUCAUCACCAGCAUUAUCAUCAGCAUAAUCAUCAUCAUCAUCAGCAUUCAUCUUGGUCCUCAUCAUCAUCAUCAUCAUCUGCAUUCAUCUUGGUCCUCAUUAUCAUCAGCAUUCAUCAUCAUCAUCACCAUCAGCAUUCAUCUUGCCCCUCAUUAUGAAAAUUUAUAUCAACCAUAA